GAGAAAACUUGUGCACUCACAGUCACCCUAGUGAGAUCCAAUUUUUCGUUUACUUAAUUAAUUGGAAUUGCUAACACCUUUUCUGUCCCACUUUGAGAAAAAGCAAAAGCAGAGAAAAAGCAAAGAAGGAAAAGAAAAACAUAAAAGAAAGGGAAGAAAGAAAAAAAAGCAGAUCAGAGUAAUAAAGAAAUGAGCUAGCUAGAGAAAAAAAAAGAGAGAGGAGAGAGAGAAGGAAACAACAAAGACAAAGGUUCUCAAAACUCCAUAAUUAUUCAAAUUCUCUUAAAAACCGGACCUGGGUUUUCCCCCUAGUACUACUUAAUCCAGUGCAGGAGGACCUCUCAAAGUUUCUACAAAGACUUGUUUUGGGAGCUUCAGCAAAAGACCAAAAAAGAGAAGCCAAGGGAGCCAGCUGAGAUCGAUAUAUAUUAGAGAAACCAACAAAAAGAGAACAAAAGGAAGCUCGCUAGCUAGCCUAUAACUCAGCUCUCGUUCAGAAUCAGAAGAUAAUAAGAGGCAUGAAUAGAGGUGUUAAUUUGCAGAGCUCACCGGUGCAACAAAUGAUGGCCGGAAACCCUAACUGGUGGAGUAUCAAUAGCAUGAGGCCACCCACCCAGCCAUCUGUUACUUCUCCUUUCUUGCCUCCUCCUCCUCCUCCUCCUUCUUUUUUCAUUCCACAGUUCGUACCAAACACUUCCUCUUCGCCAUCAACAACUUCUUCAGGACUUCCUUUUCCUUCUUGGCAUAUUGACGAUAACAUCCAGGAGCUUCCAGAGUCUUGGAGCCAACUCCUCUUGGGUGGAUUGGUAGGCGAAGAUGAGAAGGGGGCUCUCAUGAGGCAAUUUCAUCAAGCAAAGAAUAAGCUGGAGAAUUGGGACGAGCAAAUAUUAAGUAGCACGCAGGCUCCAAAUGCUCCUGCUGCUGAUGUGAAGCAAGAAAGCUCGGGAUGCGGCAGCUUUGUGUACGGACACCAGCAAGGGGUUAAUGAUCACCACCAUCAUCAAGAUUUUCAGUCAGCGGCUUUGUCUCAAAUUAUGCAAUCAACUGCUUCUGCCUCAUCCUCUCCUAAGUCUUCUUGUGUGACGAGUUUCAACACCAGCAUGUUGGAUUUUUCUAGCAAGUCAGAUGUGAGGCAUCCUCCACCACAUCGAUCCUCUGACCAGUGUAAGAGCACUGCAAAUGGUGGUGGGGCGCUGAAGAGAGCAAGAGUUCAACCUUCUUCAACGCCAACCUUCAAGGUGAGGAAGGAGAAAUUAGGUGACAGAAUUACAGCCCUUCAUCAGCUAGUUUCCCCAUUUGGGAAGACUGACACAGCCUCUGUCUUGUUAGAAGCUAUUGGGUACAUCAGAUUCCUUCAGAGUCAAAUUGAGGCCCUCAGCUUACCUUACUUGGGCAGUGGAUCAGGAAACAUGCGGCAGCAGCCACAGUCUGCAGUUCAUGGGGAGAGGAAUUGUAUGUUUCCUGAAGACCCUGGUCAGCUGCUCAAUGACCAUUGCAUGAAGAGGAAAGGAGCUCCCGAGCAGGAUGCUGAUGAAGAGGCAAAGAAGGACCUGAGGAGUAGGGGGUUGUGUUUGGUUCCAGUUUCAUGUACCCUCCAAGUUGGGAGCGACAACGGAGCAGACUAUUGGGCUCCAGCUCUUGGCGGAGGUUUCCAGUAAAUUAAUGAACGCCAUAGCUAGCUAGAUAGCACACUCUAGCUAUAUCUAUAUCAAUCGAAAUCGAGCUUCAUGGAAAUUAAUGAUAUAACAUCAUGAGCAGUCACUCUGCUAAAAUCAAAAGGCUGAUUGCUCAUGAUGCUAUACAAUAGUAAUUUAAAUCUCUGUAUGUACGUAUACGUACGUACGUAUCCCACGUAUGUAUGCAUGUGUGCUUCUAUUUGGGAUUAGGAAGUCCUUAAACUCCCUAAUUUUUAUUAAGUUUAAUUUAUCUAUAAAUCUUCUAUUUUGGAUGCUACAACAAUGCUAGCUCUGUUCUUGUAUAUUCUUCGGUAUUAAUUAAUUAGUAUGAGUACCAUUAGUCAUUUUAAA